AUGCUUUCUUCAAAUACCUUUUUGCCAGAUUUUUGUGUUCCUAAUACAGUAAACCAAGAAACAGAUGGUUUUGAGUUGGAAGGUUCAACAUCUUCACCUUCAUCUUUCACAAGCUCAAAUGAAGAAUCCUCAGAAGGUUCAAGAUAUUCCAAUAACUUCCUGAGAUACAUAACUGACAUCCUCAUGGAUGAAGAAGAUGAAUUAGAGCGUCAACCCUGCAUGUUGCAGGAAUGUUUAAGACUCCAAGCUGCUGAAAAAUCAUUUUAUGAUGUUCUUGGCCAUAGAUAUCCUAAUUCAUCAUGUGACGAUACCUCUGACCCGGAUGGAAAUUAUGGCCGUACUGUUAGUUUUGAGAGCAAUAGCAGCAGCUGCACCACUGAUAACACGUAUGAAUCUGAUUGGGUCAAUCUUGUUGGAGAAAUUGAGUCUUCUUCGUUACCACUACAAACCCCUUUAGUAGAACAAAACUACUGUGAGGUGACAGAACCUGAUCCAGUUGUCAUUGAGUCACAAGCUGCUAAUUAUUUUCAUACUGGAACUAGGAGUUGGAAUGAUAUUCAACCAGUGAUGGUUGCCGAGGUUUCAGCUUCAUUGGUACCAAGAGAAAAGAGAAGUCAUAAGACAGAUGAUAAUGAUGAUACUUGUAAUGAAGAAGAUGGAAGAGGUAGCAAGGUUUCAGCUAUCUUCUCUGAUGAGUUAGAGCCACCAGAGAUAUUAGAUGAGGUACUGCUGCUUUGUCAGACAGGAAGGACUCAAAACCAACAAGCAUCACAAGAUGUUGACUCAGUAGGAAAGUCAAAGGCAACUAGUUCGCGUUCAAAGAAAGUAUCUAGAAAUAACAAUGCCACAGCUGUGGAUUUGUGGACCAUGCUAACUCAAUGUGCACAGGCUGUAGCGAACUAUGAUCAAAGGAAUACAAAUGAGCUUCUCAAUCAGAUUAGGUAUCAUUCUACGCCAUUUGGGGAUGGGCUCCAGCGUUUAGCUCAUUACUUUGCUAAUGGUCUUGAGAUCAGAUUCGCUGCGGAGACGCCUUCUUAUAAGGCGCUUGAUGUGGCAACUGCUGGAGAUAUGUUGAAAGCUUAUAAACUAUUUGUUACCUCGUCUCCAUUGCAGAGAAUGACAAAUUUGUUAUUAACCAAAACGAUUCUCAGUGUAGUGAAGAAUGAGAGCAGCAUUCAUAUUAUCGACUUUGGAAUUAGCUAUGGUUUUCAGUGGCCAUGCCUUAUCAAAACACUUUCAUCACGACAUGGCGGUCCUCCAAAGCUUCGCAUUACAGGAAUUGACCUUCCUCAGCCAGGAUUUAGGCCUGCAGAGAGGGUGGAGGAAACCGGACGGCGGUUAGGAAAAUUCUGCAAGAAGUUCAAUGUCCCGUUUGAAUACAACUGCAUUGCACAGAAAUGGGAAACUAUCCGGCUCGAGGAUCUAAAGAUAGACAGGAAUGAAAUAACUCUUGUAAGCUCUUUGUACAGACUGAAAAACCUUCCUGAUGAAACUGUUGGAGUGAAUUGUCCAAGAGAUACUGUGUUGAAGUUGAUCAAAAAGAUUAAUCCAAAAAUCUUCUUCCAUGGAGUUGUCAACGGAAGUUAUAGUGCACCGUUUUUCCUGACUCGGUUUAAGGAAGCACUAUACCAUUUCUCAUCAUUGUUUGAUAUGUUUGAGGCUAACGUGCCUCGCGAAGACACACAGAGGAUGAUGCUUGAGAAAGGGUUGUUUGGAAGGGAUGCUAUAAAUGUUAUAGCUUGUGAGGGUGCAGAGAGAGUUGAAAGGCCUGAGACCUACAAGCAAUGGAAGAUCAGGAACAGGAGAGCUGGGUUCAAGCAAAUCAGGUUGGAUUCUAAGUUAGUGAAUGAAACCAAAGCAAGGUUGAAGAGGGAAUACCAUAAAGAUUUUGUAGUUGAUGAGGAUGGUAAGUGGGUUUUGCAGGGAUGGAAAGGGCGAAUUUUGAAUGCCUUUUCUGCUUGGGUUCCUGUUUAA